GUUACAGCCAGCAGGAUGCCAGUGCCGGCUCCAGUGGCAAGGCUUCCGGGAGAGGCUCCUUCGUGGGCACGAAGACCGCGACAGUGACGGGGUGGGACUCGUCCGCGGCAGGUUCUGGCGCGCUGUCCAAGAACGACAAAUCCGCUUCCAUUGGUGGCGCUGACUCCCUGGCUGUGGGCGACAAGACAAAGGCGACGACCAAUACCAAUGCGAAUGCUGCCGGAAACAACGCGGACGCCAACUCGGGAUCCAACGCCUGGGGCAGCAACAGCAAGAACGGUGAGAUGAGCGGGGACUGA